GUAGUACGUACUCAUCUAAAUCUCACAUACUGUUGGUACGUGGGAUUUUCUGAACCAAAAAUUCAAUCGACAUGAGAUUUACUUCGACGCGUCUCUCUCGAACGGUAUCCUUGGACAGACUCGCCCACGUUCCUCAGGAAAGAAGUUUGCCAGGAAUGCGCACCCCUUCAGGCCUCUGGCCCUCAAGUUCUCUCAACCUUUCUUUUCAUCUGGUUCCUCAAGUUCCAUUCAGGGUCUGUCCAAAAUCUCGAGCAGAUCUCGGACAUGUUCUGUGAAGUAGAACUGCUCAGGGAUGUGGCAGUCCCUGCAGAAAACUUGGAGGGAACUAGACUUGUUCCCCAGAGGUUCAUCAUAACGCGCCUGUUGGAGGACUUGUUGAAUGAAAAGGCCAGCAAGGAUCAUGGUUACUUUCUUGCAAUAACCAGCUUAAAGAGCAUAGGUAAAGGAGAGGUUGUGGAUGAGACAGGGGACAUUUUCUUCCCUGUAGUCUUUAAUUGUCGUAUCUUCUUACCAUUCAAGGGAGAGGUUUUAGACGGAGUAGUUCACCGCGUUUUUAGGCAUGGAGUCUUCUUGAGAUGUGGACCUAUUAGAUAUGCUUUUCUCUCAGCAAGAAAAAUGCCAAAUUACCAGUAUGUUGAUGGGGAAAAUCCAGCCUUCUUGAGUGAUGAGCUUGUAAAGAUAGAGAACGAUAUUGUGGUCCGUUUCAUGGUGCUGGGAGUAAGGUGGAUUGAGAAAAGGGGUGACGUCAAAAAAGAAUUUGUGAUGCUUACCACUUUAGAAGGUGAUUCGCUUGGACCUAUUUCAUCAUCUGGAUCUGGUGAAUUGUAUUUGUAACUAAAUAAGAAAACCUGUAUGUUUCUCUGUAAAUGAUUUCAAAGACAAAAUGAUCUCUUUUUCUCAAGAAAGAAAAGAUGGAUCGUAUAUCGCAAAUGGGAAGUUGAUGAUUCUGUGUGGUGUGUGUGUUUACCAAAAUAUCAAUUGUAGCUUUAGAAAGGUUUAGGUCUUAUUAUUUAAAUAUGUAUUUUUGAACUUGUUAAGAAAUUGUUUGUUGUUAUUACAAUGAGAUGAUGCUGAUGAGCGUUUGUUCA